UAACAGGGCCAGGUCACAAGAGUCCGAUACUGGCCAUUACCAAAAAGAUCCCAACUGCAAUCACGGCCAGUGUCCGAGUCUGCAAUGUGUGUCCCUCGAAACAGUUGUUGCCAAGGCAUUCGCCGAGAUAUCUAGUAAAGAAAACGCUCGCGAAAAUUAUGUAAAAGUCUGUGAACGUGAAUUUAUAUAUAUUUAAAUAUAUAGAGUUUCCUCUAUUGAAAACCAAAGGAUUCCAAUAUGAUCGACGAGCAGCAUCCCAUGCAGAUCGGAAUGUUUCCAAUGGACAUAAAAUGUCAACAGCAGCAGCAACAACAACUGGGAGCAGGAGCUGGAGGAGGAACUGUGGCCGGACAGCCGCAGGCCGGGGGCCUCAAUCAACUGCUGUUGAACGGAAAUGAACGCAUGUUAACAACACCAGCAACAUCGGCAGCAGGCGGAGGAGCUGGAGCAGCUGCCACAGGAAGGACUACGAGUAGUGGCAAGGCCGGACACAAUGACAAAAUGGCGUCAGUCAGCAGAAAUGUCAACGGAAGUUGCAGCAACCACAACAGCAACAGCAUCAGCAGCAGCAGCAACAACGCCAUAAACAAGCAACAUCAGCCACAGCAGGGUAUGGGACAAAUGCCGGGCCCUGGAGCUGUACCCGGACCAGGACCCCCUCUCUGCAACCGCAUCACCUUGGGCGAAUGCAGCCUCAAUGGGAUGGACAGCUUUGCGACGCCAGCAGCACCUCCAUUGGCAGCCAACACACCGCAAGCGCCUCCGGGUAUGGGUUCGGGUUCGGUUCCAGUUCCAGGCCAGGGCGGACUGGGUCUGGAGCUUCUCGGUUUGGGCCUUGGACCACCCCAUCCGGCGCCGACGAGCCAGUGUGCUCACUGUUGCCAGCCAAUUUGUGAUCGCUACAUCAUGCGCGUGGUGGAGAACUCCUUUCACGAGGGUUGCCUCAAGUGCACCGCCUGCUCGCUGCACCUGGUUCACUCCUGCUACGCGAGGGAGGGCAAGCUCUACUGCCGCCUCGACUACGAGAGACUCUACAUUCGCAAUCGUUGCCUUGGCUGUGGCCACAAAAUCGCCGCCGAUGAGCUCGUGAUGAGGUGCCACGAGAAUGUCUUCCACCUGAAGUGCUUUGCCUGCGUGGUCUGUGGAGCCCUGCUGAAGAAGGGCGAGCAGUAUGUGGUCAAGCAGGGACAGCUCUUUUGCCGCUUUGACUACGAAAAGGAGGUGGAAAUGCUGCAGGGAUACGACUUCUACGGAGAUGAGCUCUUUCCGCCCAAGCUGGAUGGAAGACGCGGACCCAAGAGACCAAGGACCAUACUCAACACCCAACAGAGGCGAGCCUUCAAGGCCUCCUUUGAGGUGUCACCCAAGCCGUGUCGCAAAGUGAGAGAGAAUCUGGCCAAGGAGACUGGUUUAAGCCUAAGGAUUGUGCAGGUGUGGUUUCAAAACCAGCGAGCAAAGGUCAAGAAAAUACAGAAAAAGGCCAAGCAGGAGCCGCCCAGCAAGGGAGCCAGCGAUUCGCAGGACUCGCAGGAAUCUCUGGACAGCAGUCUGGCCACCAAGAUCAAGGACGAGGCGCACAGCGAUAGCGAAUCGCAGUUGGAGUCACCGUACUCCACGGCCUCCGACGGACUGAACCGGAUGCGAUGCACCAUCAAGGACGAACAGGAGCAAGUGCCCUUCAACUGCAUGGAGACCAACAAGGAGAACUGCAACAAGAACAGCGAACCCAUACUGAACACGAUUCUGGGACUGAGCUAUGCCACCUUCCAGCAGCUGAUGGGACCCUUUGCCCAGACGCCGAUGAUCAAUCCGAUCGAUCGACUAUAUAGCAUGCAAAGCUCCUACUUCCGGCCAGAGGAGCUGCAGGCAUACGGCGAGUGCGGCGUCAAGGACUCCACGGAUCACUAGUCUCUCCGAAUUCGA